AUGGCGGCCGACGACAUCAGCCCCGCGAUAUCGCGCCGCCUCUUUGUCAGCGAUCGAUCCACCAAAUUACAAUUCUUGAUUGAUACGGGAGCCGACGUGUGCGUAUUUCCACGCUCGCGCCUACCGGGACCUCGUACGAAAUCAAGCUACGAGCUCUCCGCGGCUAACGACACAACAAUCGCUACAUACGGAACAGUAGCGCUAGCUCUGGACUUUGGACUGCGACGGCAAUUCACCUGGAGGUUUGUCGUCGGCGCGGUCUCCAAGCCAAUCAUCGGUGCAGACUUCCUCGUGCACUACGGACUCUUGGUGGACAUGAGGAACCAGCGGCUGUUGGACGCGACCACUCAACUCACCUCUCAUGGAAGGGUGAUUGAGUGUGACAUUCCGAGUGUUAAGACCAUUUCAGGCUCAUCGCGGUAUCACGAACUCCUCCACCAAUUCCCGGAGGUGACACGACCGGACGGAACCCCCAAGGCCGUAAGUCACUCGACGAGACAUUAUAUCACCACCACACCAGGGCCGCCUGUCGCACAGAAGCCACGUCGACUUUCAACAGAGAAGUUGAAGGCGGCGAAGAAGGAAUUCGAGGCCAUCGCUGCACCUGGGCAUCGCUCGCCCGUCACAGAGCUCCUGGGCAUCGCCCUUGCACAUGGUGCCGAAAAAAGGCGAUGA